AUGGCCUUGACUCUCGACGAGCCUGCGUCUCCGCAGCGCGUGCAAGCUCCCAUGGCCGCACCCGCGCAGAGUGAACUCGACCUCGCAAAAUUCGCCACCUACGCAGCCAAGCAGGGCGCGUCGGACGCGCUCGUCGCGUCGCUGGCGUCGUGGUCCAGCUAUCGCCGCGGCAAGGACGGCGGCACCGUCGUGCUCGUCGACGGGCGCGGCAAGCGCCAUCGCUCGCGCGCGGAGGCCUUCGCGUCGCUGUCCGGCGGCACGCCGCGCAAGCGCGCCGCGAGCGCCGCGGCCGGCGCCGCCAAGAAGCCGCGCGCGACGACGCCCGAGAAGCCGCCGCCGCCCGAGGCGCCGCCGGAGAACUCCCCGACGCCCGCGGCUCCGCCCGCGCCGCCGCCGCCGCCCGCGCCGCCGCCGCCGCCGCCGCCGCCGCCGCCGACGGAGGCGACGGACGAGGAGCUGGCCUACGCCGGGCGCGUCUUCGCCGACGAGGGCGUGCGGUGGCGCGUCGAGGAGGUCUACUUCGACGAGGACAUCGGCGCGCUCUGCGGGUCCUACUACGACUUCGACGCCCGCGGCUUCGACGCGCCGGCCGACGAGGGCGCCGUCGAGGUGACGCCCCUCGCGGAGCUGCUCGGCUUCGCGGCCUGGGUCGACGGCGCGGCGCCGCUCGAGGGCGCGGCGCGCGCCGCGGCCGCGGCCGCGGAGGCGCGGCGCCGCGACGCGCGCGACGCCGAGGCCGCCGCGGACGGCGCGCGGGCGUACCUCGCGGCGCUCCUCGCGCGGCGCCAGCCGGCCUGGGGCGCCGCGACGCCCGUGGCCGAGGUCGGCGACGUCGACGGCUGCCGCCGGCUCCUGGACGUCCACGGGUGCGUCGUCUUCCGCGGCGCCGCGAGCCCGGCCGAGGUCGCGCGGGCCGAGGAUCUGUUCUGGGCCUGGCUCGAGGGCGCGGCGCCGGGGCUCGCGCGCGGCGACCCGGCGACGCACACGACGGCGCGGCUCGGCGCGCUCGGCUGGGCGAACACGGGCGUGCUCGCCGGCGGCGCCGUCGGCCAGUCCGACUUCCUCUGGCAUCUCCGGCUGUGCCCCGGCGUGCUCGCGUGCUGGCGCACGGUCCUGGGCCUGCGGGACGACGAGCCCAUGGUCUGCUCCCUCGACGGCUGCGGCGCGUGGCGGAACCCGCACCACGCCGCGCACGCCGGAUCAAAGGUCGCGACGGACGGCAAGUGGUACCACAUCGACCAGAACUUCGCGAAGACGCCGGACCGCGUCGGCUUCCAGGGCCUCGUGCAGCUCACGCCCGCCGACGAGCACAGCGGCUCGCUCGUCGUCGUGCCCGGGUCGCACGGCGACUACCGCGACAACUGCGAGCGGGGCGGCAAGACCGCGCGCGGCAACUUCACGCGCCUGUCGGCGCGGCACGACGGCCUCUACGCGGCGGCGCGCGCGGUGCAGGUCGCGCCCCUCGGCGCCGGCGACGUCGCCAUCUGGGACUCGCGCGUCGUCCACUGCUCCGCGGGCUGCGACGCGUCCAAGCCCGCGGAGCUCCUCGCGCUCCGCGGCGUCGCGGACCAGCCGGCGCUCGCGCGCCUCGUCGCCUACGUCGCCUGCGCGCCGCGCGCGGACGUCGACGACGCGACGGCGGCGAAGCGGCGCCUCGCCGUCGCCCGCGGCCGCGGCGGCGGCGCGUUCUCGACGACGCUCGCGUCGAACGUCCACGGCGGGCCGCCCGUCGACGGCUACGCGCCGCCGCCGGCCGACUCGCCGCGCUGGGCCCUCGUCUGA